UCCCCUCCCUACUCCCGCCCCCGCCUCCUCCCCGCGGAGGAUCAGCCUUCCCGAGGGCCUGCCCAGGAGGGUCUCAGCCCGAAGGGGCCGCAGCCCGGGAAGCCGAUGAAGCCCACCGUGGGGCUGGACGUUGUGUUUUACGUGGCAGAUUGGAGGACAGUGAAACACUCCCUCCUUUUCCUUUAAAAAACAGCGUUUCCUUAAAAAUGAGCACUCGGUCAUCCUCCCCGUGCACAACGCCGAGCCCUGGCUGGACGAGUGCUUGCGGUCCGUCCUGCAGCAGGACUUCCAAGGCUCCAUGGAGCUCUCGGUCUUCAACGACGCCAGUCAGGACCGGUCUGCGGCCGUCAUUGAGAGAUGGAAGGGGCGGCUGGAAGACGCGGGGAUCCCCGUGGUCAUCGGAGGGCACGACGCUCCUGCACCCCGAGGAGUUGGAUAUUCUAAAAAUCAAGCCAUAGCACAGAGCUCAGGAUCUUACCUUUGCUUUUUGGAUUCGGACGACGUGAUGAUGCCUCAGAGGGUGAGGCUCCAGCUGGAGGCUGCUGCCCAGCACCCGACAAGCAUUAUCGGUUGCCGAGUAAGGAGAGAGCCCCCCAACUCCACUGAGCGAUACACACGGUGGAUCAACCAGCUAACACCGGACCAGCUUCUUACUCAGGUUUUUACGUCCCAUGGCCCGACUGUGAUCAUGCCAACCUGGUUCUGCUCCCGAGCAUGGUUUUUCCACGUGGGCCCAUUUGAUGAAGGCGGGCAGGGUGUGCCCGAGGACCUGCUGUUCUUCUACGACCACCUCAGGAAGGGCGGUGGGGUCGUCCGCGUGGACCAGAGCCUCCUCCUCUACCGCUACCUCCCAGACGCCGCCACCCACUCUGUCCUCGAGACCACCAUCUGGACCCACCGUGUCCGCUUCCUGGAAGAACGGGUCCUGCCGCGCUGGGCAGCUUUCACCAUCUGGAACGCAGGCAGGCAGGGCCGCCGGCUCUACCGCAGCCUGACGGCUGAGGCACGACGCAAGGUGGUUGCCUUCUGUGACGUGGACGAGCACAAGAUCAGGAAAGGCUUCUACUGCCACGAGGACUCCCAGGAAAGGCCUAAGCCUCGUGUUCCAGUCCUGCAUUUCCGAGCUGCCCGGCCCCCCUUCGUCAUCUGUGUGAAGCUGGACCUCACUGGAGGUGCGUUUGAGGACAACCUGAGGUCGCUGCACCUGCGGGAAGGCCAGGACUUCCUGCACUUCAGCUGACGGGCCCCAGCAGCCACUCCAGCCCCCACAGGGGAGACGCCCAUCAACACAUCCUGUGUGUCCGCGCCUGCCAACGCAAGUGUGCAGACCCCGACCGAGCCCAGGCCCCAGCAGCACAAGGCCCUCCUGGGGCCACCGCUGGACCGCUCCAUGGUGGGUGAGGAGGGGAGGGGCCGCCUUGCAGGGGUGCACACGGGAGUGAGCACAGUCCUAGACUGUGGCGGGUCCCCCCACGUGCUGUUGGGACUUGGUAGCCAGCACGCCCCAUUGAACCUGCACCCCUGGGCUGUAUCCUUCUGCUCUCCAUGCUGCGCACGUGCCCUCCAGCCCCGUCCCCACGCCCCACACGUCCUCACCCCUGCCACCCCAGUGCAUCGGGUCAGAGAGCCGACACCCCGCAGGACACUGCACCAGAGACAAGUCCGGGGCCCAGCUCUGCGCUGAAGGACCCAGGAGAAGCCAGUGGCCCCGGGGGCCCCAGAAAGAAGCGGCUCUCGGGGACACCUACUCCGCCAUUUCGGAGGUUUGAACACAUCACUAGGGCUUUCCCACACGGCCGAGCAAAGGCCCACAGGCCCCCUCAGGAGAGGCACCCACGUCAGGCCCUCCACACCCUCCUGCCCCCUUGGAGGCCCCGGCCAGCCCGCGAGCGCGAACCCAGUGAGCACGCCACCCCGUGCUGCUCCCUUCUCGGCAUUCCCGACACGACCCCGUCCGCACCGAAAGCCUGCGAGGCAACUGCUCAGCGAGAGCAGCUCCCAGAGAGACAGACUGUUAGUGCUCAGAACCGCCCACCUUGACGCUCAGAGCGCCCUCCCACAGCAGGAGGCGCUCCCUCCCCUCCCUGUGUCCAGGGGGCCAGCCCAGUCCCUCGGGUGUCAGUGGGGACCUGCAGGCAGACACACAGGCAUCAAGGGCUGGGACCCUUGCACUUCCUGUCCCUCAGGGACAGACAAGGAGGUUGUGGAUGUCCCCGUUCACGGAGAAGCCGCCCCUUCCGGGCGGGACGCUGGGAAGGGGCCUUGCACUCACCAGGCCGUGGUGCCCAGCACAGUCAUGACCUCAUCAAGGACAUCCUCAGCCAUGAUGUCACUGUAGGUGAGCAGCAUCUCGUACACCUGGCUAGCCGUGGUCUUCCGGAUCUGCGCGGGACAGAACGUGUCACUAGGGGGGAAAGGCCCAUUAGAACCCAAGCAGAGUGACAGGACCCUGCCCAGGAAGCAGGGUCAUGGGGUCGGGCACGAUCCCGGGUCCGAACGGAACCUAACACCAUGCAGGUUAUUAGAAGUGAGGAGGUGACCUGGGAUCCUGCCUCAGGAGACCCUGGCCACAGCUGGGUAGGGAACCCUGCAGGCUGUGGGGCAGGCCGCCCCGUUUCCUCUGCUGCCCCAUGGCAGCCUCCCCUUCAGAGAGAAGCCAGGCCACCUUGCUCUGACCGAAAUGCUUCGUGGAAAACCUGCCCCUCGCCAGGGAAACGGCCUUACCUGCUUCCUUCCCCAGCUGCCCACUGAAAACACCGCUCAAGGGGCCAGUGGUCUCAGGCCCACCCCAGGGUAACUCCUCAGCAGGCUGGGCAGCCUGAGAACCUGCAUUUCUGAUGGGGGUGCUGCUGCAGCCGGGUCCAGGGACCCCAUUUGGAGAACCAAUGGGUUCGGUAUAAAUGUCACUUGUACCUUUUAGGAAGAUGGCUCAUUUGGAUUAUUUGAAGAGUGUGUUUUUAGCCAGUGGAAAAUGGAAUUGGCAGGAUACCUGACCUCUGGGGGGGGUGUCCAAACGAGGGUGCUGGUCAGGUGCGGGCCCCCACGCAAACCCGGCAGGGGUCAGGGCCCCAGGCGCCACCCCGGGAGCAGCCGCGAGCACUCACCACGGGGAACGGGUGGCAGAGCAGCAGGCACAGCUGCAGGAGGGCCUUCUUCCUCACACCGCCCGGGAACUGCACCAUCCCACAGAACCUGGGGGGCGACAGGCUUCAGCGUCCACGGCAACAACACAUCUGAGCCCCGGGGUCGGCCGAACUGGGUCCGCUUCUGGAAAACCUGCCUCAUGGGAGGACUCCCCGAAGCAAGGCCCAGCCCCCCCGGGAGGCCGUCCGCACCACCCCCCGCAAUGGACCCAGAAUGUUCCCCAUGGACGUCAGGGCUCCAGCCCCAGACACUGAGGUUGACUCAGCCCCUCCCGCCUGCCUGGCCCUUCGUUUUAGGGCCACAGCGAGCAUCCUGGCACUUACACGGCGACGCUCGACCGCAGUUUCUGCACGUCCUUGGACUUCCUGACCUCCUCCUUACAAAGCGCGAGCAGCUUCACACCGAAGGGGUGGCUAGAGGGAAAGCACAGGAUGCAGGAGACGAGCUUUCUGGGAGCACGAGCCGCCCGGAAACGCUGCGCCGUCGAGGGACGGCGCUGCCCCGGAUGAGCAGAGGGCCAUGUCCCCCGGGGUGCCACACAGCUACAUGAACUGGCUCCUUUGCCCGGGCCUGCCCCGGGCACACGCCUCCCCAACAGGAGGGGACCCAGAGAAGCCGUCCCCGGCAGGUGCCAACGAGUGCGGGCUCAGCCCAGGAGCAAAGGAAGGGACGACCGACGUGGAACUGGGCCCAGCUCCCGGGUCCAAGAGGAACGGAGAGUGGCCGGAGCACAGACGCAUGGCCUCGUCCACUCUGCACAGCUGAGGACAACCUGGAGCCCAGCCGGCAAGGGUCCCUACAACACAGACCUGCUCCUCCUCCCCCGGCGCCGCUGCCAGAGUUCCACCACCCUGCGUCCUCUUCCUGGUCCCCAGGGAAGGCAGCUCUCGGUCUCUCUUCACCAGCCGGUACCCCCGCCCGCCUCCUCCACAUCCUUGUCACCCAGAGCCAUCAGCUGCACCUCCAGCCCCUCCCCUCUGCAGGCUUCUCCCACAACUCACGGAAACACUUGUGAGGACCAAGUGACCACCGUGUGUCCCCCACCUACGUGACCAUGUGGCUCACAGCACCGACGACCCUGUUUGACCUGCUCUUCCAGCUCCUCCCACUUCCCGGUGGCUCUGCUGCCCCCUCCGCUCCCUGUCCUCCUAACAACGGGACACCCCCAGCUCCACUGGGGCCCUUCUUGGUCUACACUGGCCCCCCUGCUGACCUCACGGGCUCAUACACCACCCACCCUCUGAGGGCUUUCCACCGGGUUCCAGGCUUGAAGAUCCACCUCCUGUGGAGCGAAUGAGCAUCGUGGACCCAACAUUAAUGCCACAGACUGAAUGAGCCCCCAGAUUCGCAUGGUGAAGCCCGGAUCCCCCUCGUGAAGGUACUACCAGUAGGGCCUCAGAGGCAAUAGGCCAUGAGCCUGAGUCCCCACGAUGGCAUGAGUGCCAUCACGAGAAGAGACACGGAGAUGACUUUCCGCCCGUCCGGUGCCCUGGCCCCAGCCCCGGCCCUCCUGCCUUCCGAACCGUGCGGACUGUUUCUGCCGUGUAAGCUGCUCUGUGGUGCUUCUCUCGGAACCUGAGCUGGAGAGCAUCUGGCCCACCCCUGAAGCACCGGCCUCCGACCCGGAGACAACCCCGCCCUGGCUGCAGUCUGCUCCCCCACACCCACCUCCGGGCCUCUAGCAGGUCUGCCGGCUCCCUGCACCGAGAACCCACACACCCAGUCUCUGCUGCCACUUCUCCCUGCCGGGACCCCGAGGCCCUUCUCCAGGCAGCGGGUGGAAGGCCCGCUGCCUCCACAGAGCUGAGGCUGCCCCUGGAGGUGCCUCAGAACGAGGGUGUACCGACGGCCGGAGGGCCCGAGCGUGCUGUCCCUAGCCCACAGCCGCAACGAGACCCAAAACCUGGUUCCGAUAAACACAAGCACCCGCCAGACUGGGAAGAUCGCCCAGGGGGAGAGAGCACCCCUGGCAGGCAGUCCAGAGACCCGCAGGCGGACGUGGGCUGGGAGGCUCCAGAUGGCUCCCACCUGCCGGCCGUGCCUGGGAAGGGUGAACAAAGACCCCACAGCCAAGCUCCUCCGCCGCCUCAGGUCAGCCGCAUGCCCGGCUUCUCAGGUGCCGCGUCCAGACAACAGACAAGCAGACAUAUGAGAAAGCCCACCCUGUGGGCUGCAGAAACAAGACACCCACGUGAGCACGGAGACCAGACAUGCGGGAAGACCACAGCCCUGGAUCCCGGAGGGCGGAAGGCCAGCGGGCUGCAAGACAGACCAAAUAAAAAGCUGCAUCUGGAAGCACACAAAACCCGAAACUGAGAACCCCACCCGUGAGUCUGGCUGGGGGUCAGGACUGCGCUAGGAGAGGUUGGCAGGCAGAGGCCCCGGGAAAACCUGGAAUGCAGCACAGCCUCAGGGUAGGGCCAUGUUCGGGGGGAGGGGGGUGGCAAGAAUUUUCUAGAACAAAUGAAAAUAAAGCCACAUCUUCAAGUUUAACGAAUUCCUGGUCAAAUAGUGGAGUAUAUAAUUGACAGCUAGACCUGUCUGAGUGGUAGAAAUGUUGAGAUUUCCCAAAGAGAAAAUCUUCAAAAGAGGAGAAAAUCCAGACUGUACAAGACUCCAGACUUACAGGCAACGUCUCAAAAGGAACAGAAGCCAGAAAAAGAAAGAUGUUUAGGUCCCAAAAUACAACGUCUGCCUACAAUUCUACACCCUCUGAAGGUAACCUGCAAACAAGACCCGAAAGCGCUCGCUGGCAGCGGAUGUCACUGGCCGAACCUCAGAAGGACGUGUCUGAGCCAGAGAAGCAGGACCCAGCCUCACACGGGAGCCCGGGCGGUGGGCCAGGAAGCAGACAGCAAACACGUGGACGACGUAAGCACCAACGGCACAAAGCUACAGUGUGCGAACACGGACAUGUGACACAACCCAGAUGGCGAGCUCACACGAAUGGAACACGUUAACACCCUUGGUUUUGCCCAGGAAGACGGCAAAACACAGAAAAUUAUGCUCUGACAGGGUGGCCACCGAAAGAACAGGAAGGGCUGGAAAGUUCUGCUGGAAUGAGAAACACCCUUUCACUGAUCAGACAGGAGGGCAGGAGGAAGGGGCUGCACAGCAGGGCCGGCGGGAGGCGCACGCAGACGCAGGUCUCAGAUGACCGCAUCGGUUACAUGUCGGAGGCGGUCAGACUGGGCUUCACCGGCUCGUCAGAGAUGCAGCAGGACGGCAGCGCGGGAAAGCACCCGGGGCCGAGAACAGAGCAGGGCCAGAGGGGUACAAGUUCAAAGUCCCAAGAAGCUGCUGCCGCCGGGCCAGCACACGAGCCAACAGUAGCCAUGAAGUGGGUCGUGGGACACUGAGACUCAGCCCUGACCCCGCACGGACCAAAGCAGGGAGUGACAAAGCUACAGAGAAAUAAAGCUGUUUAUGGCCGCAAA